CUAGAAAUUUCUUACCUGCGUAGGCCCUUGGGGAUGAUGUUGCGCGAUCGAUAGGAAUAACGUAUCGAAAUGUUCUUGUUGUUUACCAUCACCACUCAUUUUUAUAUUAUUAAUAAUAAAAGUUCUUGAAAAUCACGAAAAACCCGGAAAAUGUUUAGAUAUCGACUUAACACGCGGUAUUAAACGUCAAAUUCAAACGUCAAAAUCCAUGUCCAACAACAUUUUAAAAUAUUCAGUUACCAUAGUGAUAUUUUCCUUCACCACAAAAAGUAGUUCGGGAAAAUAUUAUUUGAUUUGCGAAAACGACGCUUCUUUCACAAAGAUUUUAGACUAAUAAUGUCAUUGUGGUUUUGAUUUAUCAAUGACUUUAUUAUAUAUGCCUUUUUUUCAUAAUUAAUAUCCAUCGAUAGGUACUUUCUUGAGGAGAGUUUCAUAAGUUGGCAGCCAUUAUAAUACUACAUUCCAUACAUUCAUCAAAAUCGUAAAAAUAAUAUGGCGGAGUGGCUGUGUAAUUUUAUUGUAUUUUUAUAAUAAUUUCUUUUACAAUACAUUUAAACCGCUAUUAUUGUUUGAUUUAGUUCUAAUUUUACGCAGUGUUCAAUUUUCAUUAUCAGUACAGUUCUUAUUUCUAGCAUAUCUGCAUCAUAAAUAAUUCCUUCAAAAGUUAGGUUAUGCUAAAUUGUCUCAUGCUUUCAUUGGAAAAGUACUAAAAUUAGUAAAAGCAUGUCUGCAAACAUUUCAACCAACACGUCUGUAAUGGGAGAGUUGUCUUCUAUCAUAAGAAAAUGGGAAGAUGAACAGUCGCAGCCAAAUUAUGAUCCAGUCCCCACACUGUCAAGGUUGGCUGAAUUAGUUGAAGUAGAGACUGAAAACUAUUUGAAAAUGGACCCAGAUCCUUUUGAUGAAAGACACCCAUCUAGGACAGACCCACAGUGUAUUUUAGGUCAAGUUUUGAAAGCUAUUUUUAAGAAGGAUAAUUUCACUAGCAAGUUAAUAAAUGAUUAUUUGAGAGACACCUAUUUUUCAAGAAGUGGGAUUAUUGGUAAAGACAUUGAUCAACUAAAUAUUGCAGCAUGUCGACUGAUGUUGGAUAUUAUGCCAGGACUGGAUACUACAGUUGUAUUUCAGCCUGAAUCUGAUAGUUUAAUUCUGAGAUUAAUAAAAUGGGUUACGAAUUCAAUAGAACCUCUUCAAAGUUAUGCUACAGGUCUUCUCGGUGCUGCCAUGGAAAUUCCAGAAAUUGCUGCCAGAUUUAGGGAACAAAAUAGCAAAUUAGUACCUUUAUUAUUACAAAGAUUGAGGAGAAUCAAAAUUAGUUCUGAUUUUGGUAAUAAUAUCAAUACAACUGCAUCUAGGCCAUUUGCUCAUUUAUCUACUCUGAGAUCUCCUCCUUAUAGAGGGGAAGGAAUGAUCAAGUCCCCACCUAUGGGAUUCCCACCUAGAAAGUUUAGAGAAAAUGGAUUACUUUCCUCUGCUGAAAAUUCGAGGAGUGAAAUCCCAUCAACAGCAACUGCAUUUACCUCACCUUUACAGGAUCAAGACCAUGAAUUGAAAAGAAAGAAAAACGUGGAAGUUCAAACAUCACCAAAUCCUAGAAACGACUUUUUUGAACCUCCUGAGAAACGUCCCCGUAUGGAAGAAGCUGCCAUUUCUGAACAAGUUUAUCUGGGAAGUCCCCAGAAGGCCGGCAGCGUAUUUUCAGAACAUAGUAAUUCUUCAUGGGCUGAAUUGGAGAGCUUCAUGAUUGGUACUGUUCAAAUUUUUCCACCUACACCUGCCACCAGACAAAUUUUGAUCCUAAGAUAUUUAACGGCAAUGGGAGAUCACCAGGAAUUUUUAAGUCACGUGUUUGAACAUGACGCUUUAGAACUAAUUUUGUGCUAUGUCAAUGUAAGGCAAACAAAGGAGGCCAGAUUGGCCUUCGAAGCCUUGAAGUACUUGUCCGCUUUGCUCUGCCACAAGAAGUUUUCGAUCGAAUUCAUACAAUGCAAAGGAUUAGAAGCAUUGUUGGAAAUUCCCAGGCCGUCCAUAGCAGCGACCGGCGUAUCAAUGUGCUUCUAUUACCUUGGGUACUGCGAAGAAGCCAUGGAGAGGGUGUGUCUGUUACCAAAAUAUAUAAUCAGUAACUUAGUAUGGUACGCCCUUUGGCUUCUAGAAUGUGCUCACGACUCUGGCAGGUGCCAAGCUAUAAUGUUUUUCAGUUUAACGUUUGAAUUCAAGGUCAUUCUGGAAGAGUUCGAUUCUCAGGACGGGUUGCGGAAGCUCCAUAAUGUGAUAUCUACGUUGCCGAUUCUAUUGCCUGACGCUGAUACCGGCCAGAUGAAUGAAGAGCAAGAAGGAGCUUAUAGGCAAAUAGUGAGGCACGUUUGUGUGGCGUAUCGUCGGUAUUUGGAAUCGCAUCUAUAUUUAAAGGUGGAGGCGCUCAGGAGGUCUCAAUUGAGGCCUAACGAAAGACCUGCUCCUCCCAUACCAGUUUUACCGUGUUACAAGGCUUGCAAAUCAUCGCCCGAAGAGAUCCAGCAACAAAUCGAAAUGCUGUUCCAAAAUAUGCCGUACAGGAGCCAUUGGACACCGAUCGAUCAUCUACUGAAGCUCGGCGGUAUCACUUUGCUGUUGAAAAUCAUAGCGUUCGCUUAUGAGUGGAACUACAGCGGUCGUGCCGAGACGGUCAGAAGCGCUUUAGACGUGCUGGCGAUAUCUUGCGUGAUGCCCAAAGUGCAGUUGUUGUUUUGCGAGAGAGUUGACUUGCCUGAAGAAACUUUAACAGUUGGUAUUAAUAUAAUACUGGGCGCUGCCGAAGGGGAGAUUGUGGCGGAUGCUGAUGUACAAAAGGCUGCUUUGAGAGUGAUAGGCAACUGUGUUUGUGCUCCGAUUACCAGGGUUGGCGGUUCGGUUGCGAGGUUUUCCAGCAGCAGUUCCACCAAUUCGCCGAACAAAAAACUGAAAUACAAAAGUUCUGAAGACCUGAUCCAAAGAGUGUGGGAUUGUGUCCGAUCUAACAGCGGUAUCAUGGUACUGUUGCAACUGAUGCAAGUAAAAACGCCCAUUACAGACGCCGAUUGUAUAAGAACUCUGGCGUGCAAGGCUUUGGCCGGUUUGGCUAGAUCAGAAACGGUCAGACAGAUCGUUUCUAAGCUGCCGCUAUUCACCGGCGGGCAGUUGCAAAAUUUGAUGAGGGAUCCAAUCCUACAAGAGAAACGCCAGGAGCACGUUUUAUUCCAAAAAUACGCCAUAGAAUUGUUAGAACUCUUAUCGGGUAAAGGCAAACACACUGAUACUAACCUUGAAGCGUCUUUGGCUGAUAUUCAUAGGGCGAGCGUAGUGGCUCAAACGAAGAUCCAGUUCAACGAUAGACAGUUACUGCAGUUGAUCCACCAUCAUUUGGUGCAGAAGGGUUUUCCCGAUACGGCUGGGCAAUUGGUAAAGGAGGCGCAUUUGAGUAAUGCCAUUACGUCACUGAGCACUCAACAUCCCACUAAGUUUAGAUAUUCGUCGACUUUGACUCCAUCUAGGGGGGUUAGGUUAUCCUUUUCAUCGCCGAGAAAUCUCUCUUUGAUGAAUUCUUUGGACUCGUCGACAUCGUCUAUAGUAAAUGGGACCCCGCAAUCUACGUCAACCAUCAAAAUUAUAAAGAAACAUCCUACUUUACCGACCACCCCUACUCCCAAUUCCCGUCUACAGAAACAGAUAAGCUUGGAACCGCACAUCUGGCUGGGGCAAAGCGCCCUUCACGAUGACAUUUGUCCUUCCUCGGAUCAACCUAGAGUCACUUUGGACUCUAUCAUUACGGAAUAUCUAACCAAUCAACACGCCUUGUGUAAAAAUCCCAUGGCGACGUGCCCACAGUUCAAUUUGUUUGUACCUCACAAAUGUCCGGAUCCCAAACCUAGGAUAACCACGGCGAAUAAUUACGUAAUGAGAAGCGCCAGGAGACAAAUAGGUUACCAAUCCAAAACCAUGGAUAGGAGGUUCGUUCAUUCCAGAUUUUGCGCCGCUAAGACCAUCAGGUCAACGACUGACGAGGGAUUUUUUACUUGUGCCAAAUUCAUGCCUGGUGACAAAACUUUAGCUGUAGGAGAUUACAAUGGAGAGAUUCAUCUUAUCGAUCUUUACAAAGGGACUGAGAUCAACAUGUUUACCGCACACGAUAACUAUAUAGUACAUCUGGAGCCAAACAGGACCGGAGAUUUCAUGUUGACCAGUUCCACGUGGGGGAAACCCGUAUCGGCAUUGUGGAAUAUGAAAACCUUCGAAAUGAAAAUGCCUUUCGAUGACGAAGAACACGUCGAAUUCAGUAAAGUGACCCAAGAAAAGGUUUUAGGUACUAAAGGAGAGAUAGCUACGAUAUUUGAUAUCAAUACAGGGCAGUCGAUAGCCAAGUUAACGCCUCGCAUUACGAAUCAGUAUACUAAAAAUAAAGCCACUUUCAGUUUUAACGACGAGCUGGUGCUGUCUGACGGCGUGCUGUUCGAUGUGGCGUCCGGUAAAGCUAUACACAAAUUGGAUAAGUUGAAUCAGACGCAGAGCGGAGUGUUCCAUCCGAACGGAUUGGAGAUCGUAUCAAAUACCGAAGUGUGGGACAUAAGGACAUUCCAUCUUUUAAAAACUGUACCCAUUUUGAAUCAGUGUUCUAUAGUAUUUUCGCCCGUAACUACCGCCAUCUAUGCGUUCGCUUUGGAACAAGAAAUGGAUGACGGCGAUUCCACUUUUGAUACGAGUUUCAAGACUGUCGACGCCAUAGACUAUUCCAGUAUAACUACAUUCGAUGUAAAAAAGAGCAUCUACGAUCUGUCAUGUGACAAAUUUGACACGCAAAUAGCCAUAGUGGAAAAUCAAGGCAUGUACAAUUCCGUUCAAGAGUCUGUAGUGCGAUUGUACGACGUCGGCAGAAGAAGAGACGAUGAAGACGAACAGGAGGAAGAAGAUGACGAAGAGGAAGACGAUCUUGAAGGCAGUGACGACGAUAAUUCAGACGGAGAUGACGGCGAUAAUGACAAUCACGACAACAAUGAUGAUGAUAACGAUGACAAUGACGACGAUAAUUCGGACUCGGAAAGUUGGACUAGCCUUUCGAGUGGGUCCAGUUCUCUUGGAGCCGAAUCGUUUUUGGGGGAUCUCUUAUUUGAAAUGUGAGAACCGCCUCACGACGUCCUUUAGGCAGAUAAGCAAAACGAGUGUGAUUUUCAAGAUGUAAAUAGAAUUGUUUGUAACAAAAAAGUGGGUAAUUUAUUAAUAAUUUCAUUAUGUUUACUGUUUGCAGUAGCAGAAUUUUCGUUCGCCAGGUUUACUCAGGGUAAAAUUUGUACCUGGUACCAAAAAUGUUAAAUAAUGAUAUGUUUUUUGUUGUUUAUAAUUAUUGUGAGUCAAAGUUAUCCUAUAUUGUUUUUCAUCAUAAUUUUUGAGUUUUUGUAGCAUCCUUUAAUGGUUUUACUUCAAGUCAAAGUUAUACCGUAUUAUUUUCCUACAUGAUUUUUGAUCUAAUAUCUCGAGGUUUUGAAAUAUCCCUUGUUUUGCUUUAAGGCAAAGUUAUAUUGUAUAAUUUUCCUUCAUAAUUUUUGAUGUAGCUGAUUUCUCUAAGAUCUCUUGAGUUUCUGAAAUAUUCUUUAACGUUCUUGCUUUAAAGUGUCCUUUAUCCCUCGAGUUUGUAGUAUCUUUUAACUGUCUAGUUCUCCAUCAUUAGAAUUUUUAAAAGGUCCCUUUAAACUUCUGAGUAUUUAAUGUUCUUUUACUCUUGAGUUUUACAUCAUUAGAAUUUUCAAAUAUUCAAUUAUCUGUCAUUUCAGUAACCUUAAAAUAAUGAGAUUGGAUGUAGGUAGCCUUUAAGCCUCGAGGUUUUAAAUGUUCUUCAACUCUCGAGCUUUUAGGUGUACUUUAACUCUCUAGAUUUUAAGUGUUCUUUAACUCUCGAAAUUUUAGGUGUACUUUAAUUCUCGAGCUUUUAGAAAUACUUUAACUCUUGAGCUAAGUUUUCUUUAACUCUCAGGGGUUUAAGUGUUAUUUAGCUCUCGGCGAUCUUUUAGAUGAACUUUAACUCUUGGCGAUCUUUUAGGUAAACUUUAACUCUCGAGCUUUUAGGUAUACUUUAACUCUUACGCUUUUAAGUGUUAUUUAAAUCUCGAGGUGUUAAGUGUUAUUUGACUCUUUAGGUUUUAAGUUUUCUUUAACUCUCGAGCCUUUAGGUAUACCUUAACUCUCGAGCUUCUAAGUAGAGAUUAAAAAAAAUGAACUCCAAGUUUUAAUUUUUCUUUAACUUUACUUAGAAGCUCGAGAGUUAAGGUAUACCUACCUAAAUGCUCGAAAGUUAAAGAAAACUGAACACGUCGAGAUUUAAAUAAUACUUAAAAGUUCGAGAGUUAAAGUAUAUCUAAAAGUUCCUCGAGAGUUAAAUAACACAAAAAGUGCUUCUUAUUUUUUGAGGUUUUACGUGUUCUUUAACUCUUUAAGCCUUUGGGCACACUUUAAUCCGCAAACUUUCCAGUGUUCUUUAACCCUCGAUGUUUUCAGUGUUACUUUACUCUCGAAGUUUUAAGUGUCCUUUAACCCACGAGCUUUUAAGUGUACUUUAACUCUAAAGAUUUUAGGUGUACGCUCGAUCUUUUAGUUAAACUUUCACUUUCGAGUUUUUAAAUGUUUUUUUAACUCUCGAGGUAUUAAAUGUUCUUUAACUCUCGAGGUUUUAAAUGUUCUUUAACUUUCUAACUUUUUGAUGUACUUUAACUCCUGAGCUUUUGUAUAUACUUUAUCUCUCGUUUUUAAAGUACAUAAUCUUCUUCUAUGUUGUCUAUAUAAAAAUACACUAGUGGAAAAAUUAAGGGAUCAAAAAAAAUCUCAAUUUUUUUCGAUUUUUCGAGUGGCUGUAUCUUUGGUAAAAAUGGUCGUACGUGAAUGAAAAAAAAAAGCAAUUUGAAGCUUGAAGUGUCUAGUUUAUGGAUCUUGCCAUAAAAAAUUUUUCCAACCAACAAUUAGCACAAAAUCCUGAUGAAUAUCGUGGAUAGAAAAACGCGAUCUUUCAAUUUCUUCAAAAAUUCACUCGCAUGAAACAAUGGCCUGUAAGAUGCACACUCAACAUUAUUUAUUUUUCCAAUAUUCUCAAUGUGGCACGUGAUUUUCUAAAAAACCUCAAAAAUACCUGUUUUUCGAAAUUCUUCAAAGUCAUGCUAGGGAUGAAAAAAAAUGUUCUGGUGAAAGAACAUGCCAGAACCUUGUAGAUAAUGAAUCGAAGUUUCCGAAACCUUCCUUCCAUUUUCUGAACGGCCAUUGGUUCCUGAGAUAUUGACGAGAGAAGAGGAAAUGACGCAUUUUCGUUCAUUUUCUGAUAACUCAGCAAAGAAGGGUCAUCUCGAGGCCAUCAAAAAAAGAAAUUGAAGCUAACUGAACCACCUAUCCAAUGCAUAUAGUGGUUAUGUCGAGAACAUUUUUUUCAAAUCCGUACACUAAAAAUUAAAAAAAAUUCUAUCCAUGAUAUUCAUCAGGAUUUUGUGCUAAAUGUUGGUUGGAAAUUUUUUUAUCGCAAGGUACGUAAACUAGACACUUCAAGCUUCAAAUUGCUUUUUUUUUUCAUUCACGUACGACCAUUUUUACCAAAGAUACAGCCACUCGAAAAAUCGCAAAAAAUCGAGAUUUUUUUUUUGAUCCCUUAAUUUUUUCCACUGGUGUAUUAGAUCCAGUAUUAUUUUAAUUGAUCAAAAAUACUUCUUUAGCUCACGAAUUUUUAAGUGUUGUUCAAUUCUCGAGCUUUUGAGUGUUCUUUAACGUUGGAGUUCCUAAAUUUCUGUUUUACUUCAGCAAGCUCUUAAAGUUCGUUUUAAUCUCGUGUUUUUAAAUUUUUUACUCUUGAACUUUCAUCAUCAGGAGUGGAUGAUAAAAAUAUGUGAUAAUUUCUUCUAGGAGCGUAUUUUUGCUGCUAAAUAAUGUUCAUAUUUUGUUGUAUACAAAAAAAUCUUCUCAAUAAUAAAUUAUUUCAAAUAUUUUAUUUAUUGGUAAUUUGUGGUGCCUUUUCCUUGCUCUGCAUUAGUCAAAAUAAAAUAUUUAAAAAUUAGAACACAAUAAACCGACUUUUGACAUUUGUAGAGCAUCAAGGGAAGGUCAGAUAUCUUUGGGCAUUUGACUUCGUUGACGUCUGUCAAACGUCAAAAAUAAAUUUAUUCUGAUUAGACUUGGCGAUAGAUUUUCUGUGCAAUAAAUCUGUCGACUUGAUUAUGAAUAAUGCGAAAAUCAAAAAACACCAAAUAUAGAGACAGUUUUUCGAUAUAAAUUUUAUAUUUGUAAUAUUUUUAAUUAAUGUCCUAUAAAUGAUUUUUUUAUAUUAUAAUUUUUUGUGUGAUUACUUGAUUUUGUUAGUUAUAAUUAAUUAUUAUGAUUAGUAAUUAUUAUGUAUAUAGUAUUGUAUUUAGGAAUAAAUUAUGAACAUGUGACGUACUUUUAGUUUAUUUAAUUCAUAGGUUUUCUUUUUUUUUUUUCUGUGAAUAAAUGAAUAAAUUAAGGUUUGUAAUAAACA